ACUCAUCAGCGGUGUGAGGCAGGAAAGAACGAAAUGCGCAGGCUCAUUAGUUUCUUCAAAUAGAGCCGUCGGCACGCUCGACCAACACAGCGUUAUUGCACGCAUACACUCGGCAUGUCCGUCCACGUUCUUCUAAAAGGAUUGCUGUUCCUGAUGAAUUUCAUCUACUGGUUUUUCGGUGGAACGACUAUGCUAAUGGGCGGUUACCUCUUCACUGUCAAGGUACGAAUCCUGCGCCGCUACGUGGACCUCACCUUCGACCCCGCCGUCUUCUUCAUAGUUGUAGGCUGCCUGGUCUUCGUCAUAGCUGGCUUCGGAUGCGUAGGAGCCCUGCGCGAGAACAAGAACUUCCUGUGCCUCUACGGAUUCUCGCUGUCCGGUAUCGUUGUCGCGGUCGUCCUCGUGGCCGUGCUCGCCUUCGUGUGGUCCACCUCGACCCCGCCCAACAGAUCAGGCGUCGAGAAUGUCCUGAGGCGAGCCGUCGUAAUCUACAGGGAUGAUCCUGACAUGGAGCAUCUCAUCAACACUAUCCAGUCGUCGCUUAGCUGCUGCGGCAUCUCUUCCAGAGGCUACCUGGACUGGCAGCACAACGCCUACUUCAACUGCUCCCCGUUGAACCCGAGCCGUGAGCGCUGUGGCGUGCCGUACUCUUGCUGCAGGAAGCAGAGACGCCUGCCGAACGUGAUGUGCGGCUAUGGCCUCACGGACACAACCAAGAGAACGCUGCCAACGGUGGAGCCCGUGAUAUACACGCAGGGCUGCCUGCAAGCACUGAUCGCCUUGGCGAGGGAAAACUCGGUGCUGGUCAGCGUGCUGUCAGCCGUGACCGUCGGAUCACUGGCAGUGGGCAUCGCGGGUUCUUGGCUUCUGAUGAAGUCGAUAACUAGCCAAAGAAGGGCGGUGGUGUGGGAAAGCGCAGCUGUUGCCGCAACGUUACGUCCCGAGUCGACUGUCUGACGCAGCAGCGGUGGUCUCGGAACGUUAUACGUUAAGGGCGUCUGCUCAAGUGCAAACAUUGUGUUUUAGUAAUUCGUGUACUAUAAUUUUAACGUAUUUUAUGUAAGCACUGUUUCAUGCUAUUCGUAAUGUUUUAAA